AAGCCUGAAGACAUGUAUAGGAUCAUUGAGCAUUUUGCUCUUGGAAUGAGACGUCUUGAGCUCUUUGGUGAGGACCAUAAUAUUCGUCCAGGUUGGCUUACUCUUGGGAAAGCUUUAUCCUCAUCAAACUUCAACAAAGAGGCGUACCUGAAAAACUUCACAGACAGGGAUGGGAAAGUAUGGCAGAGUAAUGGAGGGCGAAAUCCACCACCUGAUGCUCCUCACCUCAUCGUGACAACUCCGGAGAUCGAGAGUCUCCGGCCCAAGUCGCCUCCACAUAAGAACCAGCAGCAUCAGUCAAUAUCAGUGCCCCUUGGCAGCUCCACUAAUAGGAGAUUUGGUGUGAGCACUCCACAAAAUGCAGUGACUGUUGUUGGUUCGGAAACCGUGAUGCCGCCGGGUUGGUCCUCCACUCCAAUGGCCGGUUUUGCAAUGCUGGAGGGAGGAGCUGGUCAUGAGAGUUCAUGUGAUAGUUUUGGCUUCAGUGGCACCUCUUAUGGAAGACCAGGUGGAGAUCAUAUGGAUUUUGACACACACAGAUAGUUGUAACAUAAAUU